UUUGAAUGCAAAUGACAUCCAUUUUAAAAUUUUAUUAAGCAUUUGUUGUUCUUGGAUGUCACAUGUAUUGUUUUACUGCAGCGUUAGAAAGUUGAUAGAAUCUGUGUUUAUCAAGUUUUGUGAGUUUUAAUAACUGAUUUCUGAACUUUAAUAUAGUGCCUAUUUGAAUAAUUAUCACAAAUUACGCAAAUAUUUAAAAUACUGUUUAUAAAUAAAUUAAAUUAAAAUGCCCCGUCAACGUCAACGUACCACAACGCACAGAUCGUAUUCCAUUGAUGCUUUAAAAACGGCAACUGAAAAAAUUAUAAAAGGAGAACUAUCGAUAAGAAAAGCAGCGGCCAGUCAUCAGAUACCAAAAAAUACAUUAGCCAGGUAUGUGCUCAAAGUUAAAAAUACACCUGAUGGAGUUAAGGUUAAUUUUCGACCAUCAAAUGAACAUUUACUCGUUUUCAACUCAAGUGAAGAAUUGCUAUUGAAAAAAUAUAUUCAAGAUGCAGUCAACAUGCAUCAUGGACUUUCAUUUACCCAAGUUCGUCGCUUAGCUUUUGAGUUUGCCAUAGCAAAUAACAAAAACGUGAAAUGUAAUUGGACAGAAGAAAAAAUGGCUGGAAUAGAAUGGCUGCAUUCAUUUAUGAGACGACAGAGUUUGGCGCUAAGAACCCCCGAACAAACUAGUCUUAGCCGUUGCACUAGUUUCAAUAAAACUAAUGUUGGAGCAUUUUUUUCAAAUUUAGAAGGUGUUAUUAACCGAUUUAAUCUACAAGCACAAGACAUUUUUAACUUAGAUGAGACUGGUCUCACAAGUGUACAUAAACCAGUAAAAGUUUUGGCUUUAAAGGGGCAAAAGCAAGUUGGCCAGGCAACAUCAGCUGAACGAGGUGUCUUGGUUACAGCAUGUUGUAUUGUUGGAGCUACAGGAACUGCAAUACCUCCAUAUUUGCUGUUUCCCAGAGUGUUUUUUAAGGAACACAUGAUUAAAGGCGCACCUGUUGGAACAAAAGGUGCAGCAACAAAAUCUGGAUGGAUGAUUUCAGAUAUUUUUAUUGAUGUCCUCAAACAUUUUGUCGAUCACGUAAGACCUACAACAGACAGUCCAAAGUUGAUAAUAUUAGACAACCACGAGAGCCACUUAAGUAUUGCUGCGUUGAAUUAUGCAAAGACUAAUGGCAUAAUGUUGCUGACCUUCCCUCCGCACUGCAGCCAUAAGUUGCAGCCUCUGGAUGUGAGCGUAUUCGGUCCCUUAAAAAAACACUACAACAGAGCCUGCAAUGAUUGGAUGACAAACCAUCCUGCGACUCCAAUCACAAUUUAUGACAUAGGAGAAUUACUGGGGACUGCUUUUCCGUUAGCAUUUACGCCAAGGAAUAUUUCCCAAGGGUUCAAAGCAGCAGGAAUCUGUCCAUUUGAUUCCCAAAUAUUUACAGAGGAAUUUUUUAGCUGCAACAGUUACAGAUAG